AUGAACUCUGGCGACCGAAGUGCAGCUGAAGCUUGUAAAGCAGUACCUUUCGUGGAGUUGACAGUGGCGCACGCUUCAGUAUUAACCAUUUUGGCGAUCAGUUUCGAGAGAUAUUAUGCGAUUUGCAAACCCUUAAAAGCUGGAUACAUAUGCACUAAAGCUAGAGCUUCUCUUAUAUGCCUUUUGGCUUGGCUUAUAGCUGCAGUUUUCACAAGCCCGAUGCUAGAAAUAGCCGAAUACAAACACAUAGAAUAUUUCGACGGUACCAUAGUACCUGCCUGCCACACACUUGCCAACUCAUUCUGGCCGGCCCUGUAUUUUUUGAGCAGUAUAUUCCUGUUUUUCAUUGCGCCGUUAAUUAUUCUGAUGGUGCUAUACUGCAUUAUAGCGAAGAAUUUGAUUUCUAACGCUGCUACGUUGGUACUUAACAAGCAUAUAGAUAAUUAUUCGAUAAGAGCUAGGAGACAAGUUAUACUAAUGCUUGGUACUGUAGUGCUAAGUUUCUUUCUAUGCCUCAUACCAUUCAGAGUAUUUACUUUGUGGAUUAUCAUAGUACCAGAAGAAACCAUCAACCAACUCGGGAUAGAAAAGUACUACAACAUAUUGUACUUUUGCAGAAUUAUGGUGUAUCUUAAUUCAGCUGUAAAUCCCAUACUUUAUAACCUGAUGAGUUCUAAGUUUAGAACAGGAUUUAUUGUUUGCUCCGAAACUAGGAGACCCUUGCACUUCAAGCGGUCCAGGAAUGGUACUUUUAGUACAACAGCAAAUUCAACUCGUAGCAGUAGUACCUUUAGAAACAGCGAAAGCUACAAAGUUUGUUACCGGCCGAGAAAUAAUUCAAUUUUGAUUAAAAACUGCACAGACUCUCCCGAUUCGAUUAGAAGUGCAGAGUCGUUCUCAAAUAGCCCCAAAAGUAACCUUAAGAUUCUUAAAAGAAGCUGCUUAGACGAUGAUUUCGAUGGAAUUAGUAACAGAAGUAAAAAAAGAAUGGACGCUACCGGUGAAGAUAUGGUUUUUAGAGAAAAAGUUAUUAUAUAUCCGCAUUGUCAAAGAAAUUUGGACGGAUAUUUAAGUGGAAAAUUCAAUGAAAUUGAAGAAAGGAUCAAUUUACACCAAAAAUUUGCAAAAACGAACAGUAAAAAUGAGGAGGAAAGUUUUGUUUAA